CAAAACGUCAAAAUCAGAGAACCGCAUUUAAAAAAUUUAACUUGUUUACCAUUUUGUUACAAAAUUUAUUUAAAAAUUCUUUAAAAUAAAGAAAUAAAAUAAUAAAAAUAAUGAAAAUGACUUUGCUAAGUACAAAUAUAGAAAGUGAUACAAAAGAAAUUGAAAAUGACAUUGCUAUGCGUCCAAUAAACUGCGAGCUAAAUCCACUUACAGGUGCCGAUGGCUCAGCGCUUCAUUCCCAAGGUGAGACAAGUGUACUAGCUUCAAUGUACGGACCAAUUGAAGCAAGAACACAACACGCAAAAAUCGAAAAAGCUAAUGUUGAAGUUAUCUACCGACCGAAGGCUGGUUUACCCACAAUCAAAGAUAAGUUCAGAGAAUGCAUACUCAGGAACACAUGUGAAACUGCUUUAUUAACAGCACUUCAUCCUAGAACAACAAUUUCCAUUCAAUUGCAAGAAAUGGAUAAUCGUUGUGGCUUAGAAGCUUGUGCUAUAAAUGCAGCCUGUUUGGCUCUGUUAGCCGGUGGAGUUCCCAUGAAGUUUACAAUUGCUGCAGUUCAUAGCAUAGUCGAUCGUGACAAUCAACUUGUCCUUGAUCCUGACCAUCGACAAGCUGUCGGGGCAGUUGCAAGUUUUAUUUUUGUCUUUGAUAGUUUAGACAAGAAUUUGGUUGCUUGCAAUACAAAUGGACGGUUCAAUUUGGCUCAGUAUAAUGAUGCAUUGUUAAUGUGCAAAGCAGCUAGUGAAAUUGUUUUUAAAUUUUAUAAAAAUAUUAUUGCCAAAUCACAUAGUAAAUUGAAUGCUGAUCAAAUUAAAGAAGAAGAAAACUAAA